UGUACACCGUCUGGAGUCUGUUGAAGAAUAUAAUGAGCUGAUGGUGAGAAAUGGGGACCCCAGGAUCAGGAUGUUGGAAGUCUCCCGAGAUGGCCGAAAGCACUCUCUUCCCCAGCUGCUGGACUCUACUGGGACAUCACAGGAAUAUCACAUUGUAAAGAAGUCCACGCGCUCCCUAAGCACCACGCAGGUGGAGUCCCCGUGGAGACUCAUCCGGCCUUCGGUCAUCUCCAUCAUCGGGCUUUACAAAGAAAAGGGCAAGGGCCUUGGCUUUAGCAUUGCUGGAGGUCGAGACUGCAUUCGAGGACAGAUGGGAAUUUUUGUCAAGACCAUUUUCCCAAAUGGCUCAGCUGCAGAGGAUGGAAGACUUAAAGAAGGGGAUGAAAUCCUCGAUGUAAACGGAAUACCAAUCAAGGGCUUGACGUUCCAAGAAGCCAUUCACACCUUUAAGCAAAUCCGGAGUGGAUUGUUUGUCUUAACAGUACGCACAAAGUUAUUGAGCCCAAGCCUCACACCCUGCUCCACACCCACACAUGUGAGCAGAUCCAGCUCCCCCAGCUUCAACGCCAGCGCAGGCAGCUCAGCAGCAGGCCCCGAGGAAAGCAGCUCUUUGUCCCUGGGUCGGAAGGCCCCCGGGCCCAAGGACAGGAUCGUCAUGGAAGUAACACUGAACAAAGAGCCGAGGGUUGGGUUAGGCAUCGGUGCCUGCUGCCUAGCUCUGGACAACAGCCCUCCGGGGAUCUACAUUCACAGCCUGGCCCCCGGAUCCGUGGCGAAGAUGGAGAGCAACCUGAGCCGCGGUGAUCAAAUCCUGGAAGUGAACUCGGUCAACGUCCGCCACGCUGCUUUAAGCAAGGUCCAUACCAUCCUGAGCAAAUGCCCCCCAGGACCCGUUCGCCUUGUCAUCGGCCGGCACCCUAACCCAAAGAUUUCCGAGCAGGAAAUGGAUGCAGUGAUCGCACGCAGCACUUAUCAGGAGAGCAAGGAGGCCAGCUCCUCUCCUGGCUCAGGUACCCCCUUGAAGAGUCCCUCUCUUGCAAAAAAGGACACCCUGACUUCUGAAGCCGAAGCCUCCCCAUACUUUGCCCACAGUGUCCCAGGCUCCCUGUCAGACUUCAUGGUGGCUGCUUCUGAGGAUGAGGACCCUCCGGGCAGCGGCGGCAGCACCUCCGAGGAUGGUGGCCCCCCAGCCAAAACCUCCACUCACAAGGAGCCAGGAAAACCCCGAGCCAACAGCCUUGUGACGCUAGGAAGCCAGCGGUCCUCUGGGCUCUUCCACAAGCAGGUGACGGUUGCCAGACAAGCCAGUCUUCCUGGAAGCCCGCAGCCCCCCCGGAACCCGCUCCUCCGCCAGAGGAGGGUGGGCUGCUAUGACACAGAUGAUGCUAGCGAAGAGGAAGAGUUUGACGGCGAAGGGGACUGCAUUUCUCUCCCGGGGACCCUUCCCGGUCCCAGCAGGCCUCUGACAGAGGACGACUCAAGGCACGUCCUGAUGACCUCUUCCAAGGUCAUGGGUAUCAACAGCCGGGGGGAACAGCCCCAGAAAACCGUGGUCAGCAAGGCCUCCUCGGUGCCUCUCCUUGGCCGCUCACUGGACUUAGAGGAGAGUGUCCCAGAGGGCGUGGGGGACACUCCUUCCCGAGCAGCCAACCUGCUGGCCUCUGCAGGAGCCUCCAGGGGUGGCCCUGGCUGCUCAGGGAGGAAGGAGCUCUCUGGAUCGAAGAGUUCCCCCAAAUUGGAAUACAAAGCUGACACAGGUACCCAGAGUCUGGGGAACACAGAUCCCCCCAGGUCCGCCCAGCAGAAGAAUGACAGCCUGGGGUCCAGGCACAAACCAGUGGCCAGAGUCGGCCCACAUCACAAAAGGCCUGAGGCUGACGCCAGGCCCAGCACCUCGGAGACAGUGCACCUGACCGCUGGAGCCGACAUCCCCUGUGUCCGGGCCACUGCCAGCAAAGAGACCAGGACUGGUUUUCAUCCAGCGGGAACUGCGGAAAAGCGGUCAUUCACUGCCGUCCAUGGGCUGCUUGGGAGCCUGCCUGCAUUUCAGCAGGGAGGUGGGGACCCGUGCCCAGGGAUCCAGUCAUCGAUCAGCCUGCCGGAUGAUGAAAUCACUCUCUUGCCUGGACACGGGGCCAUGGUGGAUGAGGGAAGAGUGGCGGGAGACUGGCGAAGAGCACCAGGUCUGCUCCGCUGGCAGGAAUCUCUGGGGAAGCUGACCGUCGGCAAUGGGCAUGUCCCUGCCAACUGGGAGCCUGCCGCUGCCCCGCCCCACCCAGAUGCCGGCCACUGCCCAAAGAACCUGCUCGAAGCUGCACCAGAGCAGGGUCAACAACCCAGGACAGGGCUGGAUGGCCCCCCAGACCUCGUCCCUACCCCAGGGCAGAAGGGGACAGCUCAUUCUGACCCCAGCGAGACCUCCAUGGACAUAGGGCAAGCCAGGCGGCCUGAGGACCCCAGAGAGCUAGUGGCACCCAGGGUUCCUGAGUGUGAGGACAGCUGUCAAGUGGGACUCAGCCCAGAGCGCAGCUCAUCCCCCAGGAAGACGGCAGCGGCUCGGCAUGACUUCAGCAACACUCCAGCAGCCCCAGAAGCCAGCUCGCCCAGGAAGGCAGCUGCCCACAGGGGAGGACCUGAGGCAGAGCGAGCAUCUCCAGCUGGUACCGCCCUGUCUCGAGACCUCACGUCCCAGGAGGAGAGACCAAGAGUUCCUGGUAACCACAGCAAGGCUCCACAGACAACAGCAGUCCUCGUACCCGAAAACUCCCGGGGCUCUGCUCUGCUCAAGGGAACAGACUCUGGGUCUGAGAGGGCCCCGCAGGCCAGCCCCACCCUGCCGUCACCUGCUGACAAGGCUGACGGGGUGUGUGGCAGUGUCUCGGGCCACUGCUGCGCCAGGGAACGCGGGGGCAGUCCGGUGACCGACAUCGACAAACUCAUCAAGGAGCUGGAUGCGUCAGAACCAAGACUCCGGUCUCCUCACAGAGGGGACCAGCUGACUCAAGAGGGACAUUCUCAGGGCCAGCCUCCAGCAGGAGCUGGAAGCGGAGGUUCCUGCCCUGCCGAGCCAGUCCUGGGGAGCCAGACCCCCACCCCGAGGAGGACCUGGGCAGCUGCUGGCCAGCCCCCUCACCCACACUGGGCCUCCCAGCCUUCCGUUUUGGAUUCCAUUAAUCCUGACAAACAUUUUACUGUGAACAAAAACUUCCUGAGCAACUACUCUAGAAAUUUCAGCAGUUUUCAUGAAGACAGCAUGUCCCUGUCAGGCCUCGGCGACAGCACAGAGCCAUCUCUCUCAUCCAUGUAUGGUGAUGCAGAGGACUCGUCUUCUGACCCGGAAUCACUCAGCGAAGCCCCACGAGCUUCCAGCGGGGGCAACUGGUCACCUCCUCAUUCUCGCCGGUCUUCUCACAAGGAAAACACUACGGAGUCUGAGGAGGAGCAAAUCGAGAUUUGUUCUCCAGAUGGUUCCCCCAACCCCCACUCAGCUACUGCUCCCGCCCCCGCCCAGCCUGCACCCUGCCCGGUGCCGGCCAGAGUGCUGCCGCUGAAGCACAGCGCGCUCAGUCAGGUGGUGGGAAACCCGCGCGAGAGAGCGUCCUUUGUCCCUAGCACCUCCUGCCCUACGAUUCCAGACUCUUCGCAGCCGUUUUCUCUCUUGGAUACAAGCUCUCGGGAGCAUGAGCUUCAUGCAGACCCAAGGCCGUCAGAGAACCCCAGGCUCUCAUGUGAAGAAGAAACCCUGCAAGCACCCCGCGCGGGCUCCGCUGUGGAGAGCGGCCGGCCCCCUAAGGCCGCCGGGCAUUUCCACAGCCUUCCGGUCACUCUCCGCAGUCUGAACGUGGUAAACGGUCUAGAACAUGACCUGCUCGGUGACAAAACCCCCAAUAAAAAACAAGACACAAAUGUCAAUGCCACUGAAAAUCCGUCCCCCUUCAGCGCGGAUGUCCCUAAGAAUGGAGAAUCCGUUUUGACGAGUCUGCACAUCUCCGAAAGUCAGGGCGUGGAUGACCCGCUCCAGAAACCAAAAAUGAUCUCCCGGAGGCCCAUCAUGGCCUGGUUUAAAGAAAUAAACAAAAAUAACCACGGCUCGGCCCCGCAGGGCAAAACGGAAAAGGAGCAGCCCGCGGUGCCCGCCAGGAGUCCUGACUCCAAAAGUCAGGGGUCGGGUUCCAGCCACAAAAAGGGGGUUGCUGGGCUUCAGAGCCCCCCACAGCUGAAAGUGAGCCUGGAAAAUAAAGACCCACCUAAAAAAGGUUCCGUGGAAACACUGUUAAAUAACGGUCAGAAACCCAAGUCCGGCCCUAAGCUGAAGAGACUGAGCAUCAAAAGCAAGAGCAAGGUCACUUCCGAGGCCCCUGCGGCUCCUGCGGCCAAGGCCGGUGGGAUGGACCCCAGGAAACCCCUCAUUUCGCCCCAGACCUCCCACAGAGCGCUUCCCAAGGGAGCAGCCCCCCGGUUCCACACCGCCGAGCCCGAGGAGCCGGAGAAGAGAGCCACAGCAGCCCCCAGGCCCCCCCAGUGUGUGCUGGAAAGCAGGCCGCCUGCUGCCUCGGGGUCGCCGAAGCCCCCCGCGUCCGAGACGAGCAUCCCAGCCUCCGUUUUGCCCCACACCUCCCCCAGGACCCUUCCUGAGCAAGGCGCAUGCCGUAGAUCUCAGGCGGCUUUCCACCCGGAGCCUGAAGGCCCUUACGCAGCCGCCCCCGGGUCUCCGCGGUGCAGCCCAGAGAGCAGGGCGCCCCCUGCAGCUUCGGGGAGCAGCGCGUCCCCAGCCGCCCGCGGGCAGGACGUCCCACCUCCAGGGCCAAGCGCGAGGCGCGGGUCCAGCCAGACGGAUCCGGCACUGCAGGCAGCCCAACCAGAGGUGACUUGCGACAGAGGAAGCAAAAUAGUUGCUGGCGAUCCCCUAGAGAGAACCAACCAGCUGAAAAUAGUGGAAAUCUCUUGUGAGAGAAUGCCAAAGAAUGGCUGCAGUGACAAGCCCACUGAGGGUGACAGACUAGGAGGGUUCUGGGCCCAGAGCAACUGUCAGGACAAGAGUGAAAUCAGACCCUGUCACCAGUACCUGGAGCCGUCCCCACAUCAGCCAUCAUCGCUCCCAUCUCGUGCCUCCCAGGUGGAGCCAGAAAGCCAGCGACCUUUCGGCGUGGCAAAACUGGCCUCUUCCUCCUCCUCCCCACAACUCCCUGCGAAAAAGGCCGAUUCCUCCCAGGCAAAGGCAAGCCAGGCUUCAGGCUCCCUAGGGAUGCCCAGGAAUGGUGCAGCAGGGGGCACAGCGCUAGAUGACCAUCCAUACUUCACACCAAGGCCGGCGACCAGGACCUACUCCAUGCCCGCCCAGUUUUCAAGCCACUUCGGUCGGGAGGGGCAUGGCCUGCCCAGCCCAGGUCGUUCGCAUCGGGACAGCCAGAUCCUUGCAACAAGUGGGGGCCUUCCUGAGGCCAAGGCAACCAGAGGCAGUGUCCUCGGCCUGGCUAAUGGACAGGGCGUAUAUAGUGUAAAGCCCCUUCUGGAGACAUCGAGGAACCUUCCGACCACAGAUGAAGGGGAUGUCCUUUCAGUGCAAGAAAGGAGCUGUCUAGUCACAGACAAAAUCAAAGUCACCAGAAGACAUUACUACCCUGAGCAGAACUAUGAAUCUACCUCAUUUUUCUCUGUGAAGCAGAGGAUCAAGUCUUUUGAGAACCUGGCCAAUUCGGACCGGCUGGUGGCCAAGUCUGGGGCGUCCCCCUUUUUGUCAGUAAGCUCCAAGCCUCCCAUCGGGAGACGGUCAUCUGGCAGCAUUGUUUCGGGGGGCCUCAGCCACCCUAUUGACGUGACAGCAAGGUCACUGAGACGCAGCCUGAGUUCCUGCAGUGAAAGCCAAAGUGAAGCCAGCACCCUCAUGCCCCAAAUGAGCAAGUCCCCGUCCAGCACGACGCUGACAGUCUCCCGGCAGAACCCAGCAGAGGCUGGGAACAAGGGCCCCGAACUGGACCCAAAGAAAUCUUCUGGAAUUCCCACCCCCACUGUGACUCCAGCCUCUCCCAGCAAGAGGAACAAGUCCUCCGUGCGCCACACCCAGCUGUCACCCCUGUCCCGCUCCAAGCUCCAGGAGCUGCGUGCCCUGAGCAUGCCAGACCUGGACAAGCUCUGCAGCGAGGAUUUCCCGGCAAGGCCCACUGCCGGGCUCUUCAAAACGGAGCUGGAAAUCGUCCCCAGGAGGUCACUUGGCUCUCCCGCUGGAGGCCUCAGUGGAUCCACCGCCCUUUCAUGCCCUAUGAAGCCAGGGGAUGGGGCCUGUCCAGGAAGAAGCAGCCCUAAAGCCAGUGAGCCUGGGGGACCCAGUGCAGCCCAUCAUGUGGGUGAAACCACCCGGGAUCUGCCUUCUGGAAAAGGCUGGUCAGUCAAUUUGGAUCAGCUUCUCAUCUCAGCGGGGGACCAGCAAAGAGUGCAGUCUGUUCUGUCAUCAGUGGGGUCCCCAUCGACCGUCCUCACUCUCAUUCAGGAAGCGAAAGCACAAUCAGAGAAUAAAGAAGAUGUUUGCUUCAUAGUCUUGAAUAAAAAAGAAGGCUCAGGUCUGGGAUUCACUGUGGCAGGAGGGACAGAUAUGGAGCCAAAAUCAAUUGUGGUGCACAGGGUGUGUUCUCAGGGGGCUGCUUCUCAGGAAGGGACUGUGAACCGAGGGGAUUUCCUUCUGUCCGUCAAUGGCGCCUCACUGGCUGGCUUAGCCCAUGGGGAUGUCCUCAAGAUUCUGCACCAAGCACAGCUGCACAGAGAUGUCCUCGUGGUCAUCAAGAAAGGGAACGAUCAGCCCAGACCCUCCAGUAGGCAGGAAGCCAACGGGAAGGGCUCGCUCUCCAGAAAGACCAGCACCCUAGAGCCCGGUUUAGGGAGAAGCCUUCCUUCACACGAUGCGCUAUGUGUCGAAGUGCUGAAGACCUCCGCUGGGCUGGGAUUGAGUCUGGAUGGAGGGAAAUCCUCAACGGCGGGAGACGGGCCCCUGUUCAUUAAGAGAGUAUACAAAGGUGGAGCAGCCGAACAAGCGGGAACAAUCGAAGCCGGAGAUGAAAUUCUUGCCAUUAACGGGAAACCCCUGGUAGGGCUCAUGCACUUUGAUGCCUGGACUAUUAUGAAGUCAGUCCCGGAGGGACCCGUGCAGUUGCUGAUUCGGAAGCACAGGAAUUCUUCCUGAAACAGGCACCAGGAGUGACGCUCACGAGUGGGGCUUGUUACAUUUUUUAACAAGAAUCUCCUUUUCUCAGUUCCCUUACUUUAGCAAAUCAGAACAACUUCUUUCAACACUGGGUUCCUAAAACAGCACAGGAACCUUGGUAUAGGCAAGGACCACAGAAAUCUCCAGGUUUUUACUUCUUUGUGGAGCUGACCUCUUGUGUGUGUGACGGCAAUGGCACUGACCUCUGGAAGCCUUCUACCCGGACGACCGAGGCCAGGAGGGAUCCUUUUGUUCCGGUGCCUCUUCCCUCCCUUUUUGUGUUUAUUGAUGGGGACACAAGAUGUGGCAUGCCCUUCUUCAUUCAAAACAUUUACUUAAGACCUUCGCGUCCUUCCUGCCUCCUCACUCAGCAGACCUAAUCCUGGCAGUGAGGGAGCCAACCAAGUCUGAGGGGCAACGUGAAUGUCACAAAUAAAGGACUACAGUUUUAUAUAAUUUUGUAAGUAAGAGAAUGCUUUUAGGCACAUUCAGUGGAAGGAGCUGUAGGUCUGUACAUUAUGGUGAAAAGAAAGUGAGACUUAAAAGAAAAAAAUCAGUUUUGACCUAACAGUUAAGCUGAGCUCAGGAAUUAUCCAAAAAUGAAAAAGCAAAAUCUGGAAAGUGGUAUUUUUUUAGUGAGUGUCCUGUGCACUGUGUGGCUGCAGGGUUCACUCUGUGGGUUACUGAUCAUCAUGAAGUGUUGAUCGUGAUCUGAAAGUGUAAGUCGUAAGGCUAUUUUACAGAAACGCUGUUCUGAUAAACCGUACUAACCAGCCAUGAACUCUGCUGCUUAGAACGAGCAGCGGGUUCCAGCUCUGAAAGCACCUUGCACAUGGUUCGGAACUUGUCUUGAGUAAGUGCUUGAAUUCAAGACCAGUCAACACAGGAGUGGGCAGAAAUACUAUAGUCACUGGGUUUCCAUUUCUAUAUUUCAUGCACUCCCAACACUGAGCUAAAUUUUUAGUAAUCUUUUUAGCAUCCUUGGAUUUAUAAACAUAGGCAUUACAUUUACAAUCCAAAGGGCGGAGCUUAAAAAUCAUCCUUUUGGGACUUUGGUUGGUUGGUUUUCCCCCUGGCCAACAAGCUUAAGAAAUGGCCCCUUUCUAAGUACCGGCCCACCUUCCUGACCUGGGUGUGACGACGCCCCUGCAGGACCGCUUGCUGCUGCUGUUUUCCUGUUUUGCAAAUUCUUCCUUUGGCCCAAACUGUUCCCUGCAGAAGACUGGCGUGACUCACACUGCCCGUGAAGCUGGUCCCGGCUGCUCUCUUGUCAAAGCAUGACUUCUCCCCGUAGCCGCUCCCAGUCAGUGUGCUCUUGCUCCCGGUCCCCAAACUGGCUCCUCUCCUUCGUACUGCACCUUCUUUUCUUAAAUUCCAAACCUCCGUCAGCUUCACUUACCAAAAUGUAAAAAGAAGACAACGGGGAAUGCGGGUGAGUCACUCUUUCAAGGUAAAGAAACAGAACUGUGUUGCACAACCCCGACCCGAGAGGGACCCAGACCAGCUGCUCCAGUCCUGGGAGUACGGGUGAGGACGCCAAAGCUGCGUGCGGGACGACGCCCAGGUUUUGUGCUGGACGCUUCCUUCAGUAACCUGCAGCCUGGAUCUGUGGCUUAGAGAACAGAAGUGAGGUCACUGUACACCCGCCCCUGCCCCCAUCACGGAGAUGCUCGUGCUGUCCCCUUUGUACAUCGUUUUCCGAGGGACUCCUCCCUUACCAUAAAACCUCUGCCGAGUUGGCCCACAGGGGUCUCUCGGAUGAGAAUGAAGUAUCUGGCCGGUGUGAGCCCAGACUUCUCAUUUUUUUUAAACAGCUUAUACAGAAGAGAAUGUAGUACAAGAGUUAGCUAGAAAGACAUGACUCAUGUAACUUCUACUUUUCACUACACUUCCUGGUAGGAUUCUGUAGGCAGUCAGUGCAAGGUGCAUGCUAGAUUGUUUUUAAGUCUCUGGGGUCAGUGGUGUGGUUUCUGCUUUCUGCCUAAAUGGUAAGAAUAUUUGCCUCCACUCUUCCAGCUGUGCCUCCUAGUAAGAAAUUCACAGUCCCAUGUGAACAGACCGGAAUUUCUAGAGCAGUUCAGCGCAAUGGAACAGUCUCCUUCCGAGUCUCUGAUCAUCUUAUCUGAAAAGUACAAGGGUAGACCUUUCACUCACUGAAGUAGGCUAAAGUCAUCACUUCUAGUAUAUCUUGCCAGAAGGGUUUCCCUGGCCAACAGUUGGAACUUAAGGGAGAAAGCAAAAGGCUAAACUAUCACUGACCCUCAGAUCGAAAGCUACUUAUUUGUCUUCAGUGUUCAAGGCAUGACUAGUAUUUCUAAUGAGACUAAUCCCCACACUUCCUGAAGUGAGCACUAAUGGUAUUCUAUUAUCCUACUAAAACUUUCAUUGUUUCAGUUUUCUAAUGCAUCAGUCAUCCACAAUAAGCUAUGAGGGUAAAUACGUGUUGUAACAAGUAAACUGUAGUUGCAAGGAUAUUCUGUGAAGAUUGAAAUAAGUUGGAUUGCAUUUCUGUCCUCCGAAACACAUCUCAUUUAAUUUUAUGGUUGACUUAAUUGGCACCACACCUGUUGUAUGAUAUUCUACAUUAUCCUUUAUUUAUGUAAAAUAAAAUGCCUUAUAUAUUAUGGAAGAGUAAGUGCAAUAAUAUGAAAUAGCCUGUACAUUUUUAAAAUGUUGUCGCCGAGUUAUGUAAAUCCACAUCUCUGUAAACAACCUUUUUUAAGUAAUUUUAAAAAAAUAAACACUCUGCUUACUACUUUUUUUUUUUAAUUCUGCCAUCUAUAAAGUAACCUUGUAAAAUCUUGA